AACUUGAAGCUGAGGAAGAAAACAAAAUACUCUUGUUGUUGAUAUUUGUAUAUACUGCUCGUGUGUAUGUAUAUUUUGUGUUUUCUUUUUUUCUUUUUGUCGCGCCUCUUUCUGACGCUUGUCGUCUGCUCUGACUCAAAAGGGACGAGGUGCACUCACUCGCGCCUAGAUUUGUGUUUUUUUAUGGUUUUAUUAGAGUCACUCUAGUUUUAAUUGGAUAAUGCCUUUUUUGUCCUCAAUCUGCCGGAGCAACAAAGCCAAAGCCCUACUUAAUAAUAUUCGCCUAAUAUUCCCAAUUUGGAAGGAUAAAGGACAAUGCGUUGCAGACGUUACCAACACGUUGUCUUUACAAUUUAACGAUGACCUUGAAACAAGAAUCUUUGGUUAUGGGUACAAAAUCUUACCAGCAGGCACAAUGGAUACAUGUGCCAGUGGCGUUCUUGUUUACGGCGUAUCUCGGUUCACGUCUUUAGUGCGAUGGUUCCGAGUCGGAGACAGAAAAUACAUCGUGAAAGGUCGUUUGGGGGUACAGACCAGUACAUACGAUGCCACUGGCGACGUUGUAGGGACCGCGCCAUAUGAGCACAUAACAGGAACAGAUAUGAAAAACGUGUUCGUUCAGAGUCUGGGAGAGUUUGAGCAAAAUCGGCCUCCUCCUCCUGACAGCGUGGUGGCCAGCACUGUGGUGGCAAAGCGUCCAGUCGUCUGCCAUUCGAUUGAGUUGGCCUCCCUAGAGCCACCGGAUUUCAAGCUCGAGGUCCACUGCGGCGCUGGUUGCAACAUGCGCUCGCUGGUGCACGACAUUGGGAAAGCCUUAGGUAGCAUGGCGCAUGUAACAUCUCUGGAACGCCAUCAGCAUGGGCCCUUCACGCUGGAACACGCCUUGCCCAGUUACAGAUGGUCGUGGGAAGAGGUCGUGGCCCAUUCAGAAGCCCUGCGUCCCCUCUGGUACCCCUACAUGACAGAGAUGGCCAAAAGCAUGCACGACAAGCCCCAUCUCUAUCAAGGACGUGCUCGAUAUCAAUAGAAUAAAUAUGUUGUCUUCAACAGUUA